AUAUACCCAUCUAUCUGUCACAUUCUUCAUUCUCUCUGGUAGAAUCCUGAGCAAGGUAAAGAUUAGGCCAACAACAUCUGUCUGCAGAGUGUGUGGGAUGUUAGAGAGAGAAACUAAGAAGAGGAUGGAUUGUGGAGGUGAUAGAGGUGGGCCAUGUGGUGCCUGCAAGUUCCUAAGGAGAAAGUGCAAAAAGGGUUGCAUAUUUGCACCAUAUUUUGACUCAGCUCAAGGUGCUGCUAAUUUUGCUGCAGUGCAUAAGGUGUUUGGUGCUAGCAAUGCCUCUAAGCUACUCAUGUGCAUCCCAGUUCACAAGCGUCUUGAUGCUGUUGUUACUCUCUGCUAUGAGGCUCUUGCUAGGGCCAGAGACCCUGUUUAUGGCUCUGUUGGUCACAUCUUUGCUCUUCAACAACAGGUUGUGAACUUGCAAGCAGAGUUAGCAUAUGUUCAUGCUCGUCUUUCCACAUUGCAUAUCCUCUCUGUAGCACCUCCAUUUCCACAGCCUCAAAGCUCUUCUCCCCCAAGUCUGCAUUCCUCCUCAUAUCAUCAUUUGGCAUAAAAAAAUGACUAAUUGCAAAGUGCCUAACUUAUCAAUGCAGGACUUUUGGUUGUUUUGUCUAACGAAAGUGUAAUUUAGCAUAAUUUUGCUAAAGCUUUAUGCUAAUGGUAUCUGAUGGGUAAAGUUGAACUAGCUAAGUGGAAUGUUUAACAUGAAAAAUAUGUAACUGCAAGACCGAUGGUCUUCAAUCCUUUUGUCCUAAGAAUAUUUCUACAUAGUUUCGCUAAAUUGUAAUUAUUUAAUUGAACCCCCCCUCCUCCUCUCAUUUUGAAGCCCUAACUCACUGUUGUGCACUUGUGCUGCCGCUGCAUCCCUCUUCUCUUCUGCUGAG